CGAGCAGAAAUCAAGCCUGUUUUUUCAUCAUGGCUGGCGGCGAAAGAGUCGCUCGUCUAAUGCGCCAGCUCGCGAGCGCGGCGUGCAGAUGCCCCGCUCAUUCUCAGGCGUAUUCGCAUUCCUAUCAACGAGUUUCUGCAGGUGAAGCUCAUUCCUGUCAACAGAAAACUGACUACGCUUUUGAAAUGGCCUGCUCAAAUAUCAGAUUUGGAGCAGGAGUGACCAGAGAAAUUGGCAUGGAUUUGCAGAACAUGGGAGCACGUAAUGUGUGUCUGAUGACUGAUAGAAACCUGUUGCAGCUGCCUCCCGUUGCGGCAGUGCUGGACUCAUUGACAAAACAAGGAGUUAAAUACAAGAUCUAUCCGGAUGUAAGAGUGGAACCAACAGACAAAAGCUUUCAAGCAGCGAUCAGUUUUGCCAAAAAAGGACACUUCGAUGUUUAUGUUGCUGUUGGCGGGGGCUCUGUGAUUGAUACCUGUAAAGCAGCCAAUCUCUAUGCAUCUCAUCCAGAGGCAGAGUUUCUAGACUUUGUCAAUGCACCAAUUGGAAAAGGAAAACCAAUUACAAGCUCGUUGAAGCCACUUAUUGCUGUUCCUACCACUGCUGGAACAGGGAGUGAAACCACAGGAGUGGCAAUCUUUGACUUUGAGGACAUGAAGGCCAAAACUGGUAUAGCGAAUCGAGCCCUAAAGCCCACUUUAGGGAUGGUGGACCCCCUGCACACUCUUCACAUGCCAUCCAGAGUGGCAGCUAACAGCGGGUUUGAUGUGCUCUGUCAUGCAUUGGAGUCUUUUACCGCAUUACCGUAUAACCAGAGGAGUCCCUGUCCAACCAACCCCCUCAAUCGGCCUGCCUACCAGGGCAGUAAUCCAAUCAGUGAUGUCUGGGCAAAACAUGCUCUGCAGAUUGUUGCCAAAUAUUUGAAACGGGCGGUGCAUGACUCUGGUGAUGUAGAGGCUCGCACCAGCAUGCACCUGGCCAGUGUAUUUGCUGGAAUUGGCUUUGGCAAUGCUGGAGUCCAUUUAUGUCAUGGAAUGUCAUACCCCAUUGCCGGAAAUGUCAAAACUCACAAAGCCAAAGGCUACAAUGUAGACCAUCCUAUAGUGCCUCAUGGACUCUCUGUAGUUCUAACUUCACCUGCUGUUUUUGCCUUUACUGGCAACAUGUGCCCAGAGCGCCACCUGGAGGCAGCUCAGAUACUAGGUGCUGAUGUGACAAAUGUGAAAAAAGCGGAUGCUGGCCGUGUGUUGGCUGACAUUCUCAGGAGUUUGCUGUAUGACCUGGAAGUGGAGGAUGGCUUAUCUGCAAUUGGUUACACUAAAGAGGACAUUCCAUCUUUAGUGAAGGGCACUAUUCCUCAGGAACGGGUAACUAAACUGUCCCCAAGAGCUCACACUGAAGAGGAUCUGACUGAUCUGUUUGCUGCUUCCAUGAAGCUCUACUGAGCAGACUGACAGAGAUUUUACAACUGGACUGGAAACACACUGACGGGCUUCUCAGAAGCACAGAUUAGCUGCGCUGAUUAUUAUGUAAUCAGAGAUGCUGAUCUGAAUAAGUUGACCCAACUUAAGGUUAAUUAUUUUUUAAUGUGCUGUCAUUGCCUUGCCUGAGAAAAGUAGCUAGAUUUAAUUUAAAAUGCUAUAAAACACACUCACACACAUAGUGUAAUUCUGUACACCUCUAAAUGUUACACAUACUCUUGUUUUGAUGCAAGUGAUCUCAUUACAGCAGAUGAUAUGCUGGAAACACCUUUAAACAGUAAUCAUAAUUGUAAUCACAUUUAAUCCACUCAGUAUUCACCCUUCCACCAAGCAUGCAUUCAUUGUAACUCUCUAGGUAUAUUUGUUAAUCAAUGAUUUAGGCAGAUUUUAUUAAAAUUAUUCUAAACUAGAGUUAAUCAGGAGGAUGUCAUUCACUCCUUCAGUGUUUUUGAAAAUCUUGUCAUUUUCCGGUUUUCUUUUUUGAACACUUUAUAAUAAGGGUCAAUUUGUAACAUUAUUUACCUAUAUUAGUUAACAAACUAAAAAUGAGCAGAGCUUUUACAGCAUCAUACAGCUUUUUACAGUCUUUGUUAAUGUUCAUUUCAACACUAGUUAAAAUCAGAAGUUGUAUAUGUCAACAUUAGUUAAUGCAAUAUGAACUAACAAUGAACAAUUACACAACUAACAUUAACACAGAUUAAUACAUGGUUUAACAAAUAUAUAUAUAUUGGUAAUUGUUAGGUCAUGAUAUCUAAUGCAUUUACUAAUGUUUAUGAAUGGAACAUCAAGUGUUACUGUUUAUUUCUUCUGUUGUAGAGUUGAUUUUGUGUUCCUGAUGACCCAGAAAGUCUGACAGACCUAUUCAUUCCACACAGUUCUUAAAAUCAUAUAAAUAAAUCAAAAGGCAAAAAUGGCUCAUUUCAGUUCUGAUGAAUGUGGGCCCAAACUCCAAUAUUACAUCAUUUACUGCUACUCUACCAAAGGCUAUUGUUUAAAUCUGUGCUAACAAUAAAUGUUAAGCUGAAUAGAAAAGAGUGCACAUAUUAUUGCCUGAAAGAUUGUGUGUGGAUGGAUGAGUGGCUGUUAUGUAGCCUUGUUUUCAUUGUGAUGCAGAUCAAAACUGAUACAGGGGAGAGAAGCAGAAGACGAUUUGACAUAUUCUCUGUUAUUAAUUCAUUGUAAUUGAGUUGCCACAUUGCCAGCAAAUAAAUUUUUUAUA